AGGGGUUCGGCGAUUUGUGACUUUAAGGUUCUGUUGGGAAUUGUAGUCAACGGCUAGUAGGACGUUCGGGAGGUGGAUCCUGGAGAUGGGACCAUGAAGAGUUGCUGGAUGUUUCUCGGCGAGCGCAGCUUCUGUUUGCUGGGUGACACCGGAGAGGUGGGGGGGAAAGAUGCACUAUUCCAAAGGGCUGAGCCUUGCUCAGAUCACUUUAAAUCGACUGAAGAACUGCUAGGUUUUGCCAGCCUUUUAAGCUUGUCAUAAGUUCUAGCGACUUUUGGUGAGCACCCCCCAAAAAAUGUUGCCUGGACUUACUGAAGAGCAGAAAAGGAAGAUUGAGGAGAACCGGCAAAAGGCUUUGGCAAGGAGAGCAGAGCGACUGGCAGCUCAGCAGGGUGGUGUUGCUAUGAAGCUCUCUGACAUGCAGAAUGUUGAUAGCUGUCAAGGAGACCUGCAGCAGCCUUUGAAGAAGCAACGCUACCACACCAUCCUUGGUAACCAGCACCUCCAGGGCCCUGGCAGCCAUUUGAUGCAGAGAGAUCCUCGGAUCCGUUCUGAUCACUGUAGUUCAAAUCAGCAGGCAACUGUUUCAUGUGGAGGCCAACAAAAAGAUGAUUCAGUGGACUCUAGCCCAAAUUUAUACAGACAAUUAGAUGGCACUAAGAAGCCCUCAUCAGCAGUGCAAAGCUCUCUGAAUAAUUCUCAUUGCCAUUCUCCUGAGAGUUCUUGCAGACAAGGUCAGCUAAUCCAAUGCAAUUCUGAUCCAUUGCAGUCACCUACGUGUGGUGCAGCAGGUCAGAAUAUUGGAGAACAGCAUCAGACUAUCUUGGAUACUAAUAUGAACUUAUACCCUGUUAAGAAUGUAUGUAAUCAGAACAAAUCUGCCAGCAGGCAGGGACUCAAACAGGCAACAUGGCUGGAUGCAGGUGGAACCACUGCAAAGAACUGUCCAAUGCAGGCAGGUACCAGUAAUCUAGAUUGUGCCAAGAAGGAAGGGAAUAAUGCAUUGCAAUUUUAUGGUACAAAACCCCUUUUGGUUCCUGUAAAAGGGGGCAGAGAACAAAAUUUUACUGUUUCUAGGGUUUCAGGCAAUGUGCCUGAGAUGUCUGUACAGAAAAAUCACAGAAUUCUCAAAGGAAAAUGUAUAAACCAUUCAGAAGGUCGAUUCAGAGUUGAGAUUGGAUACAACACAGAGCUCAUUGAGAUAUUCAGAAGCUUACCAAGCAAAAAAUAUGAUCCAGAAACAAGGAUGUGGAAUUUCAGUCUUGAAGACUAUGGCCAUCUUAUGGAAAGAGUAGAGCAAUUUCCCUCCGUCUCUUUGACAUCCCUGGAAGGAAUGGAGAAAAUGACUAGGGGUGGAGAACCAUCUUCUGCUGGUCGAAAUUCUCAGCUGAGAUCCCUCUUGAAGACAUGUACCGGCUGGCAGAAACCAUCAGCAACCCUCAAAGGAAGAUGUGUUCUGAUUUCCUAUUCUCGCUUUGAAGUAGAUAUUGGCUAUGCUGCCAACAUCGUAGGAGUGUUCAAGCAAGUGAAUUCCAGGAUUUAUGAUAUGAAGACCAGAAAAUGGAAUUUCUUACUGGAGGAUUACCUAAGACUAAUGGAACUAGUAAAGAGCCUUCUGGAUGUUCAGCUGGAACCACUGCCCAAGUCAGUAAUAAUGGCUUUUGUGACACAGUUUGAGAAAUCUCUCUCAAAAGCAGCAGAUCCCCUGGAAGCAGACCUCGUAGGAGUGGAUCCUAAACUUGUGACGGGCCUUCUGCCAUUUCAGAGAGAAGGUGUAGAUUUUGCUAUCUCCAGGGAAGGUCGUUUGCUCCUUGCAGACGACAUGGGCUUAGGGAAAACUAUCCAGGCAAUCUGCAUCGCUGCCUAUUAUCGAAAAGAGUGGCCCUUGCUGGUGGUGGCUCCUUCUUCAGUGAGAUAUACAUGGGCUGAGGCUUUCUAUAGAUGGCUUCCUUCUCUCAGCCCAGACACCGUCAGAGUCAUAACAACAAGCAAAGACCAAGUCUCGGCAAAACCGAUUAACAUUGUCAGUUUUGACCUUCUCAGCAAAAUUGAGAAGCAGUUCAAAACCACCUUCCAAGUUGUGAUUGUUGAUGAAUCCCAUUUUCUUAAGAACGGUAAAACGGCUCGAUGUCGGACUGCAAUGCCUCUCUUAAAGGCUGCCAAACGUGUAAUCUUAUUAUCAGGAACCCCUGCCAUGUCACGUCCUGCAGAGCUGUACACACAGAUUGCAAUGGUCCAGCCAACCUUCUUCCCUCAGUUCCAUGAAUUUGGGGUCCGCUACUGUGAUGCUAAGCAGAGGCCCUGGGGAUGGGAUUAUUCUGGAUCUUCCAACCUUGGGGAACUGAAGCUCCUGUUAGAAGAAACUAUCAUGAUCCGUCGCCUGAAAUCUGAUGUGCUUUCUCAGCUUCCUGCAAAACAACGCAAAAUGAUAGUGGUAACCCCUGAAGGCAUUAAUACAAGAACCAAGGCCGAGUUGACAGCAGCUGCAAAACAAAUGGCAAAGGGUUUUAAAAGUAAGCAAGAACAGAAGGAAGCACUCAUUAUCUUCUACAACAAGACUUCAGAAGCCAAAAUUCACUGUAUCCUAGAAUAUAUCCUAGAUUUAUUGGAAAGUGGAAGACAGAAAUUUCUGGUAUUUGCUCAUCACAAACUAAUUUUGGAUGCAAUCAGUGAAGAACUGGAGAAAAAGAACAUUGGCUUCAUUCGUAUUGAUGGUUCCACUCCCUCAGCUGAACGUCAGUCCCUCAGUCAAGAAUUCCAGUUCUCUGAGAAGCUGUCGGUAGCCAUCCUCUCCUUGACCGCUGCUAAUAUGGGGCUUACCCUCUCCUCUGCCGACUUGGUUGUAUUUACUGAACUGUUCUGGAACCCUGGGGUUUUGAUGCAAGCUGAAGAUCGUGCACACCGAAUUGGACAGACUAGUUCUGUGGAUAUCCAUUAUUUGGUAGCAAAGGGCACAGCAGAUGAUUACUUAUGGCCACUGAUUGAAAAGAAGAUCAGGGUGUUAGGUGAAGCUGGUUUAUCAGAAGCCAAGUUCUCUGAGACAGCGGAAACCACAAAUUACUAUACCUGCAAGCAGGACCCCAAGCAGCAGACCAUCUUGGACCUUUUCCAGAGGACUUUCUCAGAGGAUAUAGAGGACAUGGAUGAAGCCUUGCUUGAAGAGGCAGUGGAGACAUGUGAAGAUUCUGGGCAGGAAAACUCAUUGAACAAUAGAGCAGGACAUUUUUUCUCAGCAAGUCCAUGCAAAAAAAAGCGUACUCAAUAGUUUCCAUGGAUACAAGGAUAUUAUACAAUAUUAUAUAAUUAUGCUUAUUUUAUUAGUUAAAGUCUAAUUUAAAGAGGAAAAAAAUCAGUGCGAUCAGUGAAUUAUUUGGUUGUUCAGAUAAACUAUAUUUAAAUGCAUUCUUGAAUUUUGUGUUAAUAAGUAUAAUGACAUAUCCUUAUUUUGAUAUAAUAAA